AGUCUCUCAAAAUUCUCAAAAGAAAAUCAAUAACAGAGUAACAAAUUUGUGUAGUUAGUUUUUGGAUUCAUUAGGCAACAUUCUGGCCAAGGCGCACCCUGCAAAUUAAGGAGCAUGCUGUGAUUUGAAGAGCUUGCGAUAGACCAUCGUAGAAAUGCCCUCCAAGAAGUGUUACUGCCCCGUCACUCAUGUCAUCUUUGACUGCGAUGGAACCUUGAUAGAUAGCGAAGGCAUCUACCUCAAAACGGUUCAGGAGGUGCUGGCUCCAUAUGGCCUCACGUACACCAAAGCCGACCAGACGCUGCAUAUGGGAAUGCCGAUCUGUGCAUUUUCCCAGCAUAUCGUCAAGGAUCUAAAUCUGCCGCUGUCAGCUGCCGAAUUUCGCCAGCGAUUCGAAGCGGCUACUGAGAAGAACAUGAAAAAUGUGAGUUUGCUGCCAGGGGUCAGGGAUCUGAUUCUGCACUUGCACGAAUACCGCAUACCCUUCUGCAUUGCGACGAGUUCGUUUAAAAACCUGUUCAAAGUGAAGGCCGAGUCCUUCAAGGAUUUAUUUCUGGCCUUCCACCACGUUGUCUGUGGCGACGACCCGGAACUGGGACCGGGAAGAGGAAAGCCCCAGCCGGAUAUAUAUCUCCUGGCCGCCUCGCGAUUCAAUCCGCCCGCAGAUCCCAAAAAGUGCCUCAUAUUCGAGGAUGCUCCGGUGGGCCUAAGGGGCGGCAUAGCAGCUGGAAUUCAAGUGGUCUUUAUUCCAACUGAUCAAGUUACCAAGCAGCAGAAAAAGGGCGCCAGCAUGGUGCUCAAGUCGAUGGCGGACUUUAGGCCCGAGCUCUUUGGCCUCCCAGCGCUUGACACCUGCUCCAAGUUCGAGUUCGGCUAGCGCCUAGCAGCCAAAAUUGAUCCGUCAAAAUUCCAUUAUAGUUUCUAUCAAUGAAAUAAAAAAUA